GCGUGUGUGCACGUCCUCGCUGAAGAAGUGCCUGCCGCCGAUCUUUCCGACCAAGUCCCUGAUACGGAGAGUGAGACAAAGAUUCUUCUCCAAGGUACUCCUACGUGCCCUAAUGAAGGUACUCAACGUUCUGAUGACGGUAAACCUUGUGCUGAGGCUGCUGCUCCUGGUGUUGGUGGUCCUGCACCUCCUGGUGCUGCUCAAGAGCUUAACACCCACGGUCGUCAUCAGAAUCAAUCUGGAAGUGGUCAACCGCACGGUACUGACGGUGGUGGUGGCCUACCUUCUCAGGCGAGUGAACAGCGUAGUGAAGCUGACGUCACUACUACUAACCGUACUCCUGAAAACGAGAUGGGGGACGGUGGACCUGGUGCAGAGGGUGCUGCAGGGGGAAAAGUGGAUUCUGCAGGAAGUAGUCAAGGAAUUCAACAGCAGCAAGGUGGCCGUGAAGAUCCAAUACAAAGUGAAGAUGCAACUCCUGGGGUGAAAGACAACUCAAUUUCACCACCUUCACCACAGCAACCUCAACAAACUGGUGAUACAUCCAAUGACAGUAGCGCAGUCAACACCAGUGCAGCCAGUGGAGAAGGUACAGGUGCACAAUCAUCUCCUACUUCUGAAUCUUCUCAAACUGAUGGAACUGCGGAAGGUGGUAAUUCUGCAGAGACAUCAACGAAUAACUCAGCGAGUACGAACCCUGAAACUGACAAUACACCCACUAAUGAAGGAUCAACUGCCACCACCACAACAACAACAAUUCCUCCUGAACUCACAAACAACAAGAAGGUUGAUACAGACAGCAGCAGCAGUAUCAGCAGUUCUGUGUGGGUGCGUGUACCACUACUGAUUGUGGUUACACUGGCCUGUAUUCUUGUGUGCUGA